UAUGCCCCUAUCCAAAUGAUCGAGUAGCCUACAAACACAUUAUAAAACUAGGUUAGUAGUUACUGUGAGGAAACUAAGAAUGAAUUAAAGAAUGCCGUUUGUGAUGAGUUUGCUAGCUUUUAACAUUAACAGAUAACAGAUCCCGUUACUUGGAAAGUGUCCAACGUUUUUGUGUUGCCCCGCCGCCUUGAACAGUACCCCAUUCCUACUUUUUCAUAUAUACUUAUUUAAAAUGUUUGUACCACUAGUUCAAAUGAAAACCAAACCAUUAUAUAUACAUUACAAAAACCAGGGAUCCCAAAUAUUCCUUCUCUCUGCAGGGAUUUGUAUAUAUAGUCUUAUUAUGGUGGUGGAUUGUUGUUGUUGGUGAUCAAAACAAAUACUUACACUGCUUCUAUUUCACGUUAUGUACUUCUAAAUUCUCAAGAUUAAUUUCUCUCUCUCUCUUUCCCUUUGUUUUCUUCUCUAUAUAUAUCAGUACAGUAGUGCUACUAUUACUUACUAUUCGUGCAAACAAACACCAAACCAUUGUUUGAAAAUUUUUUCUCAAUUCAGUUCGUUGUCAACAACAUGAGUAAUAAUGCGAAACUCCCACCUGGAUUUCGGUUUUAUCCCACAGAUGAAGAGCUCAUUGUCCAUUUCCUUCAAAGAAAAGCUGCCCUGUUACCUUGCCAUCCUGAUGUUAUCCCGGAUCUUGAUCUUUAUCCCUAUGAUCCUUGGGACCUAGACGGUAAAGCAAUGGUGGAAGGGAACAAAUGGUAUUUCUACAGCAGGAGGACACAAACCCGAAUAACCGGAAACGGGUUCUGGAUGCCAUUGGGCGGAGAUGAAUGCAUCUACUCCAGCUCCUCCGGCCAGAAAGUGGGCUCCAAGAGAUGUUACGUUUUUUACGUCGGCGAACCACCGGAAGGUGCCAAAACUAAUUGGUUUCUUCAAGAAUACCGGUUGCCGGAUAGUGGAACUUCCGCCGGUUCCAGCAGCUCUAGGUCGUCCAAGAAAAGACACUCCAAAAUGGUAACAACUAACAACUAAUUUCAUCGACUAUAAAUUUUGGGUUCACAUUCUUAUGGUUUUAUUUUUCUUACAUCAAUUUUUUUUUUUUUUGGUGAAUUGCAGGAUUAUAGUAAAUGGGUAGUAUGUCGAGUUUACGAGCGAAACUGCAGCGAUAAUGAAGAUGAUGGAACAGAGCUUUCAUGCUUGGAUGAAGUUUUCCUCUCAUUGGAUGAUCUCGACGAAAUUAGUUUGCCAAAUUAAUUAGCUGAUCAUAUAUCAACGCCCAAAAAAGCUUCUCUUUUUUAGCUAGAUUCACCAUCCAAGCAAUGAAGUUAGGAGCUAGCUAGCUCGACAAUAUAAAUUGGCCUAAUUUUUUUUUUUUUCAAACAGGGGAAUUUCCUGGCCAACUCCCAUCAUCAUUGGGAGGGUGUGGGCAUGGAGUUAUUUUGGAGUAAUAUUUUUGCUUUCUUUCAAUUCAAGUACAUUGUAGUUAAAGUAAUUAAAGCUGUAAGACAAUUAAUCAAAGUCAAUUCAAAGGGUGGAGAAACGUAAUGGGAUUCUAGCGCAUUGCCUUUUCUUGGUUUGUUCUAGUAAUAUUUGCAACCAAAAUCAUUACUUGGUUGUGGUAUUAUCAUUAUUUGGUUCAUAUUUGCGUACAUCCACUUCCAUGAUUCCAAUGUCCCAUUUCUCCCGCGGAAACUCAUCACCACAAACCAUUUUCUUUCAUCCUACCACAUAAUAUACCACAAAAUACGGCAAUACCCGUAUAUUCCAUAUAACUGAUCCCACUUAGUAAAGAGAAACCACUCAAAAUUGCUAUUGUAAACAGACACAUUGUAUCUUCACGUAUAGGAGUUUGAUCCGAUCCGAUGACAUGGGAUGUCCACGUGGAAUAGAGAUGGGGUGAAUGCAUGCAAGCAAAACCAACCGCAAUGGAUGAAGCCAGAUAGUACUCCUUCCGUCCCAAAAUUAUUGUCCAGUUCAAGAUUUUACUUUUAGUAUAAUUUGAACUAGAAAUUAAAAUCUAAAGUGGACAAUAAUUAUGGGAGGCAGAGAAGAAGAGAGUAUCAGAUAAGAGAAUCAAAAUGGAGAAAACUGGAAGGCCUAUGCGGGCGAGGACAUAUGCCCCACUACAUACCAAAAUUCUAUGCACUUUGAUGAUUUCUGUUUCCAAAUUUUCAUUCUUAUUUGUCAUGUUGGAGAAAAACCCACGUGCAAAGGGAUAAUUCUGAGAGAAAAGGGUUGAAGAAAUUGGAUGCACAAUAAGGAAGAAGGCAAGAAGAAAGGGGUAGUUAGUAGUAUUAGUAGGCAGAGAGAUACUACAUGUGGAGCCCUAAAAGCACUGUGAUUUGUGACAUUGAGAUGGAUCCCCUUUUUGUUUGGAGGGAGCAAUAUUUGAGCACUUCUUUUUCUCCCAUCCUAAGUAGAGAGGCCCUUUUUAGAGCCUUUCUCUCAGAAUGAUGGGUAUUUGAGAGUUGUCUUGUGUAACAAAGCUAAGUAACCCAUCCAUAUAUUUUUUUUUUCC